GUGAGGGCGGAAACAUGUCCUAUCAGGCUUCAUGACGUCAGUUGCCCUCAGUCUGGAAGUACAUGUGUUCUAGUGGCAAGGUGACAGGCGAAAUUAUAGAGUGAACCCUGCUGCAGCAGUUUCCAGCAGAAUGCCGGCUGGUGUAUCGUGGUCUCGGUAUCUGAAGAUGCUGGGGGCCAGCACCCUGUCUAUGUUUGCAGGCGCAGAGCUUGUGCACAGAUAUUACCGACCUGAUCUUAGUGUACCAGAUAUCCCACCCAAACCAGGAGAGCUUAAAACAGAACUACUUGGACUGAAAGCAAGAGAAACAAAAACUGAACAAUCAUAGCUGCUACUUUAUCAAACUACAAUGGAGCUGGUUGAUGUGUUGUGUUAUUUAUAUCACACAUUUUAUUUUUUUCAUAAAUAAAAACUUUUUUUU